AUGACGGCAUCGGAUCUGUCGUCUGGCAUGUCAGACGUGGAGAGUCUUGAGACAACUGACACACAAGAAGAGGGUGCUUAUUUGAUGUUCGGCUCAUCAAGAAAAACAGGCUUGUCGAAAUCUAAGUCUAAUAUUAUUGCAAAAUAUGUUGGGGAAUCCAAAAAAAAUCUGAAAAAGAAAAUAGAUAGUGCUGCUAGGGGAGUGCUCUUUAUUGAUGAAGCAUAUUCCCUUGUGAAAUCAGCAAAUGAUUUUGGCAUUGACGAGAUACAUACAUUAAUGCAUUACCGUAAUGGCAAUUCCAUGUCCAAUACACCAGUAUUUUACUCUUGCUGGGUAUCAAAAGCAUAUGGGAAGUUUUUUGAAAGUGAAUCCAGAAUAACAACGAAGGUUCAGUACUAA